AUGGAGACGCAGAGAAUAACAGAGUUUCCACAUAAAAACAUGGAUAAGCGUCCUAGGAAACGACAACGUUUAACAUGGGACAUACCUCCUCCUCUCUUAGCUCCUCCGAAGGUGAUUCCGGGGAUGUUUUGUGGGCAGGAAUUUGGGAAUGGAGUGAUUCCAAAUUAUGGGUUCCCAAAUGUAUUUUACAAUCGGAAUGGUUCACCUCCUUGGAGACCUGAUGAUAAAGAUGGACAUUAUGUUUUUGCUAUUGGAGAGAAUUUGACUCCGCGCUACAGGAUUCUUAGCAAGAUGGGGGAAGGGACUUUUGGGCAAGUCUUGGAAUGUUUUGAUAAUGAAAAGAAAGAAGCAGUGGCAAUCAAAAUUGUCCGCUCCAUACACAAGUACCGUGAGGCUGCCAUGAUCGAAAUUGAUGUCCUACAGAGGCUGGCUAGACAUGAUAUUGGUAGCACACGUUGUGUACAAAUACGGAAUUGGUUUGACUAUCGUAAUCAUAUUUGUAUUGUAUUUGAGAAGCUUGGACCAAGCUUAUACGAUUUUCUCCGCAAAAACAGCUAUCGUUCAUUUCCCAUUGAUCUUGUCCGGGAGCUUGGCAGACAACUUUUGGAGUCUGUUGCAUUUAUGCAUGAUUUACGUCUGAUUCACACUGACUUGAAGCCUGAAAAUAUUCUACUUGUUUCCUCUGAUUACAUCAAAGUGCCAGAUUAUAAGUUUCUUUCCCGGUCCACAAAAGAUGGUUCCUACUUCAAGAAUCUUCCCAAGUCAAGCGCUAUUAAGCUCAUUGAUUUUGGAAGUACUACAUUUGAACAUCAGGAUCACAGCUAUGUGGUGUCAACACGGCAUUAUCGUGCACCAGAGGUUAUUUUAGGUCUUGGAUGGAACUAUCCCUGUGAUAUAUGGAGUGUUGGUUGCAUACUUGUUGAAUUAUGUUCUGGUGAGGCGCUUUUUCAAACUCAUGAGAACUUGGAGCAUCUUGCCAUGAUGGAGAGAGUUUUAGGGCCACUGCCACAACAUAUGGCGGUCAGGGCUGAUCGACGUGCUGAGAAAUAUUUCAGGAGAGGUGUGCGAUUGGAUUGGCCCGAUGGUACAACUUCAAGAGAAAGCAUGAGAGCAGUUACGAAGUUGCCUCGUCUGCCUAACCUAAUAAUGCAGCACGUGGAUCAUUCUGCUGGUGAUUUAAUUGAUCUGUUGCAAGGACUUCUAAGAUAUGAUCCAGCAGAGCGGCUCAAAGCCAGGGAAGCAUUAAGGCACCCAUUCUUCUCAAGAGACCUUAGAAGAUACGGCUAUCCCUUGUAA